AUGGCAGACCGUAAGCGAAAGGUAGAUAUUGGCGACUUAGAUAGCUCCCAAAAGAAGAAGCGCAAAAGCAGGUUCUCAGAUGCACCGCCGACUGAAAGUCUCUCGAAUUCGGGCAUAAACCCACUGACGGGUGGGCCGUUUUCAGCCCGAUACCAGACGCUGUUGGCUCAACGUCAGAAGCUACCGGUGCAUCAGUUCUUAGAAGAGAUUAAAAAAGCCGUCAGUACACACCAAGUCAUUGUCGUAGAGGGUGAAACAGGGAGUGGCAAGACCACACAAAUUCCACAGUUCCUUACGCUACUACAAGCUGGUAGCGGCAAAAUGGUAGCUUGUACACAGCCACGCCGAGUAGCUGCCAUGAGUAUCGCGAAGCGCGUAGCUGAAGAGAUGGACGUGCUGCUUGGACAGGAAGUGGGAUAUACAAUCCGGUUCGAGGACGUCACCAGUCAGCGAACCAAGUUGCGCUUCCUCACGGAUGGUAUGCUUUUGCAACACGCAAUGAGCGACCCGCUACUGUCCAGUUAUUCGACAAUUUUGCUAGAUGAAGCUCACGAACGUACGUUAAGUACCGAUAUUCUCUUUGGUUUGCUCAAAGAGGUGCUACCAAAGCGUCCAGAUCUUAAGGUAGUGGUCAUGAGUGCGACACUCGAUGCUGUAAAGUUUCAAAAGUAUUUCGAAGGCGCCCCGCUAAUUGCCAUUCCCGGACGUACCUUUCCUGUUGAGAUUUUUUAUACGCCUGAACCAGAACGUGAUUACUUGGAGGCAGCCGUGCGUACGGCUGUUCAAAUUCAUAUAUGUGAGGACGAAGGAGAUGUGCUGCUCUUUCUAACUGGUCAAGAGGAGAUUGAAAAUGCCUGUCGUCAAAUUCGUGCCGAGGCUGAAGCACUAGACUCGACUAAAUACGGACCACUUGAUGUGUACCCGUUGUACUCAGCAUUAACGCCACAGCAACAGCAGCUUAUCUUUAAGGAGGCUCCACCACCACGCUUUCCAGGCGGCCCAAAAGGCCGCAAGAUUGUCGUUUCAACAAAUGUGGCGGAAACUUCACUAACUAUUGACGGGAUAGUGUACGUCAUUGAUCCUGGUUUCUCCAAACAGAAGGUGUACAACCCACGCAUUCGUGUUGAGUCACUGCUGGUGUCGCCUAUUUCUCGGGCUUCGGCCAAGCAGCGAGCUGGUCGUGCUGGUCGAACGCAACCGGGAAAGUGCUUUCGUUUAUAUACCGAGCAGUCCUUUAUGCGUGACCUGGAAGAGCAAACGUAUCCGGAGAUUCUAUGCUCUGAGAUGAGUGGUGUCGUACUUACUUUAAAACAGUUAGGUAUCGACGAUCUUGUACACUUCGACUUUAUGGACCCUCCUGCUCCUGAAACCCUUAUGCGCGCGUUGGAAAUGUUGAACUAUCUCGGUGCACUUGACGACGACGGUGAUCUUACGGAUCUUGGUCGUCAGAUGGCCAUGCUGCCGGUACUCCCGCAGUUAGCCAAGAUGCUUAUCUCGUCGGCAAAGUAUCAGGUGCCACAGGAGGUGGCCACGAUCGUGGCGAUGCUAUCAGUUCAGGAGCCAUUUGUCCGUCCGAAGAAUGACGCCAAGGCCGCUGAUGAGGCUAAAUCUACUUUCGCUCACACUGAUGGCGACCACCUUACUCUGCUGAAUGUUUUCCACGCAUAUAAACUGAACAACGGCGACGUCAAGUGGUGCUACCAAAAUUAUUUGAAUAGUCGAUCACUUCAAAGUGCGUCAAACGUGCGCGACCAGCUAAUUCGCAAUAUGAAGCGCUUAGAAAUGCCAACUCAGUCAACUCUAGACAUCCACUCACCUCACUACUAUCCCAACAUUAUCAAGUCAUUAGUGUCGGGAUUCUUCACGCAAGUUGCACAUAAGGAUUCUAGUAAAAACUACAUGACUGUGAAGGAUAACCAGGUCGUGCAUCUGCACCCCUCGUGCGUGCUGGAUAAGGAAUCCGACUGGGUUGUCUACAACGAGUUCGUGAUCACCAGCCGUAACUACAUUCGUCUGAAUACUCGCAUCAUGGGCGACUGGCUUGUGGACAUUGCGCCUCACUAUUUCGACCUGACUAAUUUUCCUCCUGGUGAGACCAAGCGUGAACUUGAGUCGCUAUAUCGUCGCAUGAAUGCCCGUGACAAAUCGAAGUAA